CACAGGGGCGGACUGACAACUCAUGGGGCCCCUGGGCAAUAGGGGAUCAUGGGGCCCGUGUCCUCACCCCAAACACAAACCACACCCAAAAAAGCCUAUGAAGGGUACCAGGGGCAUCUCAUGGGGCCCCCUACUGACCCCGGGCCCCUCGGGCAGUGCCCGAGUUUCCAAAUGGUCAGUCCGCCCCUGUCCACCACUGUUGUCUUACAUGGACGUCCAUGCCUUUUUAUGUUGCUGAGCUCACCAGUGUGUUCUUCUUUCCUCAGAAUGUACCAAACUGUUGAUUUGGCCACUCCUAAUAUUGAUGCAAUCUCUCUGAUGAUUCCUUACAAUGGCCUGUUUCACUUGCAUCCCACA